CCAUUCCUCGCCGUCUGUGGUUGGUAGUGGCGUUCACGACGUUUUGCGACAUACCGUACGUGGACGCUCAACUCUCCCGGGUGAGAUACCGGCUGAGCGGCGCAGUUGCACAGAAAUAUAAAAGAAAGCGACUGAUAGUCCGAUAACACUCUGCACUUUUUUGUCAGAUCAGAAGCACACGAACCAUACGCCGUCUCUGCUGCCCGUAAUUGUUCGCGGUAAAUGUGGACUCUUUCGCUGAACGGAAAAGAGACGCGAGGGAAGGCAACUAAUUGUAUAAACGGGGCUUGAAGUAAGUUGCCUCCCCAGCGGCGCUUUAAAGGGAAGCCACAGCCCGGAUCCCCAGAAUAACGGUGAAAAUGGACUAUGAUUUCAAAGUGAAGCUCACCGGGGAAAGAGAACGAGUCGAGGAUCUCUUUGAGUACGAGGGAUGUAAAGUUGGACGGGGGACAUAUGGCCAUGUGUACAAAGCAAAGAGGAAAGAUGGGAAGGAUGACAAAGAUUAUGCUCUGAAGCAGAUUGAAGGCACAGGGAUCUCUAUGUCCGCCUGCAGAGAGAUAGCACUGCUGCGUGAACUGAAGCACCCCAAUGUGAUCUCACUGCAGAAGGUUUUCCUGUCACAUGCAGACCGCAAAGUGUGGCUUCUCUUUGACUACGCUGAACAUGACCUCUGGCACAUCAUUAAGUUCCACAGGGCCUCCAAGGCCAAUAAGAAGCCUCUUCAGCUGCCACGUGGGAUGGUAAAGUCUUUGCUCUACCAGAUCCUGGACGGCAUCCACUAUUUGCACGCCAACUGGGUCCUGCACAGAGACCUGAAACCCGCCAACAUAUUGGUAAUGGGAGAAGGUCCUGAAAGAGGACGUGUGAAGAUAGCUGAUAUGGGUUUUGCACGGCUCUUCAACUCACCACUGAAGCCUUUAGCAGAUCUGGAUCCUGUAGUUGUUACGUUCUGGUACAGAGCACCAGAGCUGCUGCUGGGAGCCAGGCAUUACACCAAAGCCAUCGAUAUCUGGGCGAUUGGCUGUAUCUUUGCUGAGCUUUUGACCUCAGAGCCUAUCUUCCACUGUCGACAGGAGGACAUUAAGACCAGUAAUCCCUACCAUCACGAUCAGCUGGACCGGAUCUUUAAUGUCAUGGGCUUUCCUGCAGAUAAAGACUGGGAGGACAUUAAGAAGAUGCCGGAACACUCUACGUUGAUGAAAGACUUUAGGAGGAAUACGUACACUAACUGCAGCCUUAUAAAGUAUAUGGAGAAACAUAAAGUCAAACCUGACAGCAAAGCAUUCCACUUGCUGCAAAAGCUGCUUACUAUGGACCCAAUCCGCCGAAUCACAUCUGAGCAGGCCAUGCAAGACCCGUACUUCCUGGAGGAGCCUUUACCCACGUCUGAUGUCUUCGCUGGCUGCCAGAUUCCUUAUCCCAAACGAGAAUUCCUGACGGAAGAGGAGCCGGAAGACAAGGCAGAUAAAAAAAACCAGCAGCAGCAGCAGCAGGGGAACAACCACACCAAUGGGGCGGGGCACACAGGUAACCCUGACAACAGCCACGCACAAGGCCCGCCUCUGAAGAAGGUGAGAGUGGUUCCACCCACUACUACCUCAAGUGGCCUGAUCAUGACCUCAGAUUACCAGGUAACACAUGUAAACAUAAACCUUUAUCUUUGUUUUUUGUUUUUUUACAAACAGGCUUUAAAAUUAUCUUUCUAUUGCCCAUCAGCCACAACAGAUGAUGAUUGCUAUAUCAGCAGUGAGGCGCUGGUUAUGCUGAAUGGCACAGACUGUACUACAGAGUAUUUAAAUUGA